UCAGUCAUCGGCACGUUCGUCAGAGUGUGUGCAUCGCCACACGAGGCGCGAAAGAUCGGCUCUCUCAUUCGAUAAAGACACGAGCGGAUCGCGGUGUCCGUCCAGUCAGUUCUCGGACUUGGAUCGGUGAACCUGUCGCGUGGAUCCCAUCGAUCGCUGAUCACGCAUCGAUUUUUGAUCGCCUGCCGGUGCGAUUGCCUGUUGAAGUGACAGGGAAAAAUCUCUCGCGUGGAAAAUUUUCAUCGAUAAUAAUAAGAAAAAUUCCGAUCUCGGGAGAAAGUAACGAGUCAGUGAAGAAUAUCUCAGAGGUGGUCUGCUAAGGAUUUAACGCUGAAAGUUGGAGUUCGCUGAUUAUAAAGUACAAGUGGAUCCCUGAUAAUCCGAAAAAGUCAAUCGAUCUAGUGCCAAAAAGUUUCCCGGACUACGAGGCCAGAUAGGGAUUUCCAGAUGACUUAAUAGGCACCCCAUGGAAUGUGACUGAUACAGAUGCACUUGUGCGGAGAUAUCGUUACGAAGAAGAAGAAAAACGCGAUAAAAGUGAUUUGAGAAUCAAUUGAUAUCGCUAAUCUCGAUUCUAUGAUUCUGGAGAGCUUUGGAUUUAUAUUUUUCUGACUAAUUCAAGGGGCCAACCGACCGAAAGCGGAUUCGAAUAUUUAAUUGAAACCGAUUAAGCGAUUAGUAAGUUGACAGUACACGGAAGACUUAUCGACAAGUGCAAGCAGGGUGUGACGAGAUAAAUGUACAAGAGAUUUAAUGUGAUAUCGAGUGACACAAAUGAAAACUGAAGAAAGCGCCUGUCUCGUCUAAACGUCACCAAGACGCAUAUCGCACGAUUUAAUCUUAUAUCGUCGGUUCAUUAAGAGCAAAAUCAAAUUGCCAUUCUUACUCGUAGAGAGUUCGUUAUAUGAGAAAUUCAAAGUUCAAUUUUGUUUACAAAGUGCUCGAUAAAUAAAUCGACAUUUAAAAGUUGAUAUAAAUUCCAACUGUGCAAAGACUCGAGGAUACAUAUCAUAGACUUCGACGAGACGUAACUGUAUUAUUCAAGAUGAGUCUCAUUUACAUCUGCGCCCUUUUAGUGUGUCUGUCGACGUCAAUCGCGAGUGACGAAUCGCCAAUUAUACACACUAUUCCAUUGCAAAACGAGACUGUAGUGCCGGAGGAAUACAGAAAUCUGCCAUUGGUGGGAAAAUGUUGCCCCGUAAACGAAGUCCUCGAAAGAAGCGCAAACGAGUCUAAGUGCGUUCCCUCAACGUUAUAUUUCUCGCCCCUCUUCAGUGAGUUUAAUCACACCGGCGUAUUGGUGCCGGGAGAUGAAUCUUCUGAAUUCGUCGCUAUUGUUGGAAGCCCCUGCGAUAAAAAGUACAUGCUAAAGCCGGAGGAAGACAGCAAGGACAAUUUUUACUUACUGUCGAAUGGUUCCAUCUUUGCGCCUAAAAUCGAUCAUGUGCCACUUAUGCUCAUGCCCGGUAAGGAUUACUGCAUGGAAGUUGUGCCCGGAGAAAAACAAAAACUUAGGGCACUCGUUUGUUUCAAAGAACCUAUCCCGCCUGACAAUGGACCGGUUAUCAUUUACGCUUGCGGACUCUUGAUUUCGGUUCCUUUUUUUAUUCUGACCAUCGCGGCGUACGUAAUAACGCCAAAGUUGAAGGACGUUUAUGGGAAAGCCCUUUGUCACUAUUGCGGCUGCUUGGCGGUAGCCUUCAUUACUUUAGCCAUUACGCAACUCGCGAGCGCGCGAUUGUCGUCUGAGGUCUGCAUUAGCAUAGCAUUCGUCAUCCAGUUCUCGUUCGUGGCCUGCUUUUUCUGGCUGAACGUGAUGUGCAUCGAAACGUGGUCAUUAGUACAUCAUCAUGUAAACCAUCGCACGUACAGAAGGAUUCAGCCCAAAACGCUGUUCUUCUAUUACUCGAUAUGGGCCUGGGGUCCAUCGACGAUUCUCCUUCUCAUUUUGAUAGGGAUGAAUUUCGGUCCCAUGAUACCCAUGACUUAUGCCAAGCCCACUUUCAGUAGCGUAAGCUGCUUCAUGUCUAACGUGGAAACCAUUCCAUACUUUUACAUGCCGAUUGGGCUUCUUCUGCUGGCGAAUAUGAUCCUCUUCAUAAUCACAUCUAUCAAAAUCGGCCGUUAUCAGCAGGAACUCGCAUUGAGAUGCUUGGCGAGGAAUCAGCAUUCCGAUCGAGAGGAUCAGAGGCUCUUUCGCAGAAUCAAACGAACUUUCGUCGUCUGCCUGAUGCUCUUCUUUCUGAUGGGUCUCAAUUGGAUAAUGGAAUUGAUCUCUUGGUGGGCUGGCCCCCUGAGCUGGUCAGCCUUCGAUCUAGUGAACGCUCUUCAAGGCGUUCUCGUUUUUGGCCUGUUUGUCCUGAGGAAACCCACCAGAGAUGUUGUCUGGCAUCGAAUACAAAAGCUACGGGGAAUCCAUACCACGGAAACUGUCACGCCAAAUAUCGGAAGUAUGGAUUUAGCACUACUGCCUGUGAUAAACGGCGAUUUGCCUAGACAGACUGUCGUUCCAUGAUAAUUUAGGGAAAAAAAUUUAUCUUUAUCUAGAUGUGAAGUGUGAAGCAUUUAACGUGCGCGUCGACUAUGUCAGCCGUGAACCUGAGGCAAUCGAUAAACUAAUGAUGACCCAAUGGAAAAAGGAACCCGAAUGUAUAUACAGCUCCGUAGCAUGAGAUCGAAGUUAUUUUAACUUCGAUGUAUGGCAGCGGACUAAAGUGGACUUUCCCGACCGAUGACGUUCAUGGAGAUAUGAAAUAUCGCCAUGUUAUUGAUAGGAUUCUUCAAUUUUAUUCGUUUGAUACCCACCUAUGUCGUAAGAUUUUCGACGUGCGGAACUUUCGUGAAAGAGAUUAUUUAUAUUUAAUUUAAUCGCGUACAUUACGCGGUAAGUAAUAGCUCUAGUCUCUUUUUAAUUAAAUAAUAUCUAGACUUAGAUAUAUACAUAUAUAUAUGUUUAGAAUUAGAAAUAUGUAUGAAGAAGUAUGUAAGAAUUAGAAAUAUGUUGUAUUUCUUCUGAAAUACAAACGUAAAUGCAUAGAACAUGACUGUGUUGCAGCUGAAUUGCAACAUUAUAUGAAACAAAUUUGUGCAAAUAAUGUCUUAUAUAAUAUAUCUUUGCUCUUCUUACACAUAUAUGUCAUGGCUCUUAUAUGCUGAUUAUACAACCAUGAGAAAACAGAUAAUAGAUGGACAAAAAAAUGACCUUACCUGACAAAAUGAUAAGGAUCUCAAAUGUACGUGUAAUUAUAAACAUAACUAAAAAAUAAUCACGUGUUAAUUAAGAUAAAAAUAUACAUACAUACAUAUAUGUGUAUAUGUGUGAUAACUAUGUGUUUUAUUAGACGUAAUAUUAUUAUCAUAUGAUAUAUAUUAUUCUAUGUGAUACUUAUGAUUUUACAAUUCAUGCUGCAAAUAGAUAUUUACGUCGUUAAUAUAUCAUUUACAUCUUUUGUACUUAUGCGUUGCAUUCCACAUCAAAUUCGACAUAGUACUUUUAUUGUAUUCCUGAUAAAUUGCGUUCAAAUUCGCAUGCAGGACAUUCCAUUAAAUAUGGCACGUCAAAACGCAUUGCUUAUACGUAAUUAUUAGUUUGUCGUAUCAAAUUUAGUAGAAUGCGGAUUUUAUAGAAUUGAAUAUGAUACUGCAUUUUUGCUUCCUUCCAUGUAGCUUGCACAUUAUUUAUUAUUGCAAUUAUUAAUUUAUUGUUAUAAAUCAUACACGUAAUCACGGAGCGAAAGGCAAAUGAGCUGAGACGAAUAAAAAAUAUUAAUAUCCUUUAUUUGCGUCCCCUUUUUAAAACCACACAUAGAAUAUAUAUUUACUUAUUUAAAAAUCAUGCCGACGCGGCGCUAUAAAAAUAAAAUAGCAUGGGUUUACACGAUGGGCAGUAGUAAUGAGCCGCCGUAAUCCAAAUUUCCCACUAGAAAUUACUAUACUAAGAAAAUAAUGAUCAUGAUAUGCCAUAUGAACGCACUCGUACACAUUGGUUAAUCAUUUAACGCUGGGGUAAUAAGAAAAAAUAAUAUAUAACAUAAUCUUCUCCAUUUUCUUUUAUGAAUUGAAAAAAAAUUUCGCGUGCAAAAAAAUAUGUGGCAGUGCAUUCACUGCAAGCUCUAAAGUGUACGAUUCUUAUGCCGCGACGCACUCUAAGUGGCAAGGCUGAGUGCGAAGACCAGGUACCAAAAGUAAUGUACAUCCUAUGUGUAAAGCAUCAUAGC